AAUGGCCUCUGAAUUUUGCUCUCGAAACAUCUCGUAUCAUUCAUUCACUCAUACUUACAUAUUAUAACCUAUUUACAUAUUGAAUUAUGGAUUUUGCCCAAACACGAUAGUCUUAAUCAUCUUCCCUGUUAUCAUUCGAUGGUUCAUAAUUCAAUAUGUAAAUAGGUUAUGAAAUGGAUGUAUGAAUAAAUGAAUAUAGGGUAACGAAUGACGUUUACAUUUACAGUCUUUCGUCAUUGGUUGGGCAAUGUAAAAAAGCUGUGUAAUGAUCACAGAUUCUAAUGGUUAUUAAUGACUGGUAGUUUGCGUUUCAUAAAUUGUAAUGGAUAUUGAUGAUAUGUCGAAGUUUUUGGGCACACAUAAUGGUAGAGACAAAGUGAUCAGAACGUUAUCGUAUGCAACAAAAUUAGCUGCAGCAUUCGUGUCUUCUGAAGAAACUGCACGUAAAUUAGACUCCAUAAGUGGUCAACUUAGUGCUUGCCGAACUAUUCUUCGUCUGUUUGACGAUAUACCGAUGCUAAAUUAUACACUGACAUACGGACUGGGAAAAGAGGAGCCUGAUAAGUUGACAAGAAUAAUUGGAAUUCUUAUAAAUGCAGCUGAUCAGCUGUAUUUUCCGUUAGAACAUGUUGCCUGGGCAUCUGACCAUAGAAUUGUCUCACUUCGUAGCACAUCUUGGUGGACUGCCUGUACUGUCUGUUGGGCUGUAUCACUGUACCUGAGUUUCAUAAAGGCUCUGAGAUGCAUGCAUAUUCUGCAGUAUCAAAGAAGCUGUUUAAAUGGCACUGACAGUGAUGCCAAUGCUGUCAUGACGCAGCUGGUAACUCAGCAACGUCAUCAGCUACUGACUGUUCUUCGAUGCGGUGGUGAUUUAGCUCAAGCCGUCAACUGUCUACCAGGUGGAUUUCUAUGGGCAGGGAAACUGCAGAAAUGGCACUGUGGAGCACUGGGCACUAUAACAUCCAUUAUCAGUCUGUAUCAGUCAUAUCAAAGAAUAGUAGCAAACCAAAAGACAAAAUAGAAGCCAUGUUUUGCCUGAGCAAUUACUCUUUAUUAUACCAGAGACUUACUGAAGCAUGGGUUUCUCACAUUAGUUGAAUGUAUAUUUUAAUUUUCUACUGUAAUGAUGACUAUCUGAUAAAAACAUUGGGCCUAUUAAAAUGAGUCCUGUAACAACCCAGUAUUUGAAUACCUAGCUGGCAGGAUCACAUAGUAUUCAAAACAGCAGUUUUUGUUCUGUAAUCAUUUUAUAUAUUUCCUUGGGGAAGAGGGGUAAAGUGGUCAGAGCAUGAAACCAACCACUGACCGCCAUCUGUUAUUAAGACUGAGAUUCUGUGGAGCUUCACCUCCAUUAAGUGCCGCACUUGACAGUCACUGCAAUAAGAGUACUAUGCUGCAUUUUUGUGACCCAUACCUUCCUACAAAUGUGUCAAAGACUGAAUAUUAUAUUAUUUUAUAUACUGUAUAAUACAAUUAAUAUAUAAGAAAUGAAAAGAAUAAUUAGACCAAACAUCAUAGCCAAAUGGUCUGCUCUCCUGUUUCAUAUUCAGGAGCUCUGAGAUUCAUAUCUUGGCCCAAAACCAGCUAUGGAAUUAUGGAAUGGUGUGUGUACUUGAGGGUUUUCCUCAGUUUUUCCAGGCAAGUGCCAGGAUAGUUCCUUGAGUUAGGCCAUGACCACUCCCAUAUGCUUUCCAAUUCGUCUUCAUCACAGUCUUAGCUACUGACAGAAUCAUUAAAUAAAUUACAACUAAACCAUUUGCAAUUUUAAGUUAGAUCUCAGAGUUAAUAAACCAUAUUUUAAAAUUUAAAGUAUCAAGUAAACCUUUUAUUGCAGUUGUAUGUUUAUCACAAUGUAUAAAUGAAAUAGUUUUAGUAAAACAAUAUUAACUCUUAUUGUAAUGUCAACAUCCUGAAAGUGUGAGGACAGUGGACUUUUAAUUCAUCCUUUAUAAAAGCUUGUUUCCAUUUUGGAUCUUUUCAUCAUUCAGGUUUAGUUAUAUUAAGAAUAAUGCAGUGUAUUUUUGUCAGACUUUAUUUUAAGAGAAAUUUUCAUUUCGGCUUUUUAAAACAUUCCCCUGCCUUAAACAAUAAGAGCAUAAAUAUUUAAAAUCACUGGCAGUAGCACUGCUUUGGGAUUUACAGUGCUAUUUAAAUCACAGAAACUGUCAAUGUUUGAGAAUAAUGAACACUUCUAUUACAGUAUCUUCCUGAAAGCAAUAAACAAGCUGUUGCUAUUACUGUGACACUGUUUUACUGAAUGAGGACAACUUUUUAUAUGAAGGAGCUGCUGCAGUUUACUUCUCUACAGAAUAUAAUAAGUUACUAUUAUUUAUAUUCUCUGUAACUUUACAAUAAUUACAGUUCAAUGUUUCAUACUGCCCUUGUCAUAUGUUUGUUCUUAGCAAUAUUUUUAUGGUAAGAAGUAUUUAACUGUACCUUAACAGAUUACUGCAGCAAACUUAAGUCUUAAUAUUCAGCUUAACUGUUAGUAAUAACAUGUCAGUAGGGCACAUCUCAGUAACUUGUCUAAAAUAAAAUAGUCCACGACUUUA